UACAAACAAGUUGGAGCAUCAACUUAAAAAAAAACCUUUUGCAGCCAUGGUUGAGAAGUUUGUCGGGACGUGGAAGAUGGUAUCCAGCGAGAACUUUGACGACUACAUGAAAGCAAUUGGCGUCGGCUUCGCCGUCCGGCAGGUGGGCAACCGCACCAAGCCCAGCUUGGUCGUGGCGGUGGACGACCAAGGCACCGUCAGCAUGAAGACCCAGAGCACGUUCAAGACGUCCGAGAUCAAAUUCAAGCUCAACGAGCCCUUCGAGGAGACCACCGCCGACGACAGGAAAACGCGGACCGUGUUCAGCUUGGAAAAUGGCAAACUUGUGCAGAAACAGUGCUGGGACGGCAAAGAGACGAGCAUCGAGAGGGAAGUGACAGACGGCAAAUUAAUAGCGAGGUGCAUCAUGGGAGAUGUGGUGGCGGUGAGGACAUACGUGAAGGAGGCGUGAUGCGCAUGCGUGGCUCGGGAAGAAUACGCCGGACCCCCGACAGGCUCAGUUUCAUGAGCGUCAACAUUUUUUCUUUUCUUUUGGGUGUGUGGCCCUCAAAUCCUUCAAAUUGUGGGCAACAAAUGUGUGGAUUUGAAUAA